AUGAAUGAUGAAAUAGGAACGGUUAUGGAUUUUGAAAGCAUGUACCCUUCCAUGAAUUUAACAUCUUGUUUCAAUACUCUUGUUGAAUUUAUGGUACAGCAUAAUCCAGGAUUAACAGCGUAUAUGGAGGACUUAAAUAUAUUGGCGGAUUUGAUGUGUUAUCAGUCCUUUUUUACGUUCAAUGGGACGGUGUACAAACAAAGAAAAGGAGUCCCAAUGGGUAGUCCCAUGUCGGGACUCUUGUGCGAAUUAGUGGUACGUCAACUAGAAAAGGAGGUCCUAGGAAAAUUCAUGGAGGACAUUGUAAUAUACAAAAGAUAUGUAGAUGACGUGUUGAUAAUUUGGAAGGAUAACCGAAGAAUUGAGGAAUUUUUAAGUAUGAUAAAUAACAAUAAGCAUGGGUUAAAACUAAAGCUUGAACAAAAAAGCCAUACAAAUAUCCAUUUUUUAGAUAUUAACAUAAGAUUCAAACAAGGAUAUGUACAAACGGCAGUGUAUCUAAAACCCACACAUGCUCCACUAUAUAUCCCGGCAUGGUCUAAUGAUCCGAUUAAAUACAAAAUGUCUUCGUUUAGGUCGCUUAUUAAAAGAGCAUUCUUAUAUUGCACCAAUGUACAAGAUAGAAUUAGCGAGAUUAACAGAAUCAAGAAUAUUGCAAAAAGUUUAGGAUACAAAACAUCUACAAUUAAUGGUUUGGUCAAAGGUUACAAGCAAGGGACAAACAAACGGAAUAAGCCAAAAGAUAGGUUUAAUAAAUUUACAUACAACAGGAAUGUAGAAGGAAUAAUGGAAGAGUUGUGUAAAUAUAAGAGCACAAGAUCUAUUUAUAAAAGAGCGCCGAACAUCUACAAGUUACUAAGGAAUGAUAAGGACAAGAUAGGAAUGAAGGAAAAAGCUGGGGUUUAUAGAAUUCCUUUUGAAAAUCAACAAUUAGGAGUAGAAAAAGAUUAUGUGGGCGUCACCACAAGAAACCUGGCGGUUCGUUUAAAGGAGCAUAUGUAUGACGUUAGUAAAGGGAACAACAACACUAUCUUGGCAAUCAUGGCGCAAACAGAUGGUGCAAGUGUUAAAUGGGAUGAGGCACGAAUUGUUAAACCGGUCCAUUCUCCGACUAUUGCGUUUGGCAUAGAAAAAAUGGAGAUUUAUAAGAGUAAGAUAAAUAGCAAGUGUCUAAACGCCAAGGAUGCUAAUGCUCUUCCAACGGCAUGGAAGUACAUAAUAGAAAAGGAAAUGGGGAUUAAAAACCCGUAA